GAGUCUUAUUUGAGUAAACCUGAUCAAUCGUAUGUGAUCUUCACGUGCUCUGUUUCUGUUCUGCUUUACUACGGCUCUGUUUAUCCCUGCAAAUCUUAUCUACCUCUCGUUUUUUUUUCCUCAAUUUGGUUCUUUGUAAAAGUCGAAGAGUUCCUAAUAGAGGUAGUUUUGUUUGUUUGUUGGUUGCCUUUUGUGAAAGGCAAAAGGAAACAGAGAAAUGGAAAAUAAGGAGCAACCAAAAUCUUCUUCUUCAUCAUCAUUUUCAUCAUUUACUGCUGAUCUCUUUGGAGACCAAGAACCCACAUCGCCUUCAUCCUCCGCCGGAAUUUUUGCUUCGAUUUUUCCACCGCCGUCGACGGUUCUGAGAAGGAACCCUAUAAGCUCAAGUAUGACUGAAUCUUUGCUAAAUCAGUCCUCAGGGAAUCAGGUGUGGAACACCAAACAAGGAACUCCAGACAAUAUGGCUAAGAAUGGCGAAGGUGCAAGCAAUAGCCUACCCAACAAAGACAGGAGUUUAAAUUUUCAGGAAAGACUAGAACCAUGUCCUCUAAGUUCAUCUAUCUACUACGGUGGGCUAGAAGAUAUGUAUGUGCUUUCCUCAAGUUCUCAAAUCCCAGGAUCACAGCCCAUAUUCAAGAAAGCUGCGGGAGAUGAUGAUCCCAAUGGAAACAAUCAAAACAGUGCUUGUCGGGGAAAUUGGUGGCAAGGGUCGCUUUACUAUUAAGAGUUUCGCUCCCCAGGCAUGUGAAUUCUCCAUAUAAUCACCAAGGAAUUCAUAAAGUUUUGGAAGCCGUUUGAAUUGCCUUCCAUUUUUUUUUUUUUUGUGGGAUUUUGAUACGGUUUAGGUAGCCGGGGGUUUUUGUCAUGGGUUCUUCCAGGCACACUACACAACCUUGAUGUGAACUGUUUUUUUUUUUGGGUCUUUGUUUUGUUUUUCUUUCUUUUUCCGAGGAUUUUUGAGACUCUGUAGCGCUUGUUACAAUUAUCUAAUAAACUAUUAUAUGGAGUUAAAAAUC